CACGAUUCUUGGCACCUGUGAGAGCCCGACCAAGUGGUUACCCCGAGCCUUGUACCCGCCGGAGGACCUCUUCUCUGGGUUUUGGUGGUGGUGAGCCCAUCUGCACAAGGUAAAAUAUCAAGAGAGCAUGGCUCACCUGGGGGAACGUAAAUGGACUCACGUGUUUCCUUUUCUGGUGGUCUCCCUGGUGUACUCCGCCAGCGCCGAAUACUCCAACUGCGGGGAGAACGAAUACUACAACCAGACCACCGGCAUGUGCCACGACUGCCCCAAGUGCGAGCCGGGCGAAGAGCCAUACAUGACAUGCGGAUACGGCACCAAAGAUGAGGACUACGGCUGCAUCCCCUGCCCUUCGGAGAAGUUUUCCAGAGGAGGUUACCAGAUAUGCAGGCGGCACAAAGACUGUGAGGGUUUCUUUCGAGCCACAGUCCUGACACCUGGCGAUCAGGAGAAUGAUGCAGAAUGCGGUCCUUGUCUCCCAGGUUACUACAUGCUGGAAAACAGACCUCGAAACAUCUAUGGGAUGGUUUGCUAUUCAUGCUUGUUGGCGCCUCCUAACACCAAGGAAUGUGCGGGGGCUACCUCUGGCAUUUCAGCCAUUUUUCCAAGUACCUCAGGCACCAGCACUUUCUCACCUUACCAGCAUGCUCACAAAGCAGAUCUUUCAGGACAAGGACAUCUGGCUACAGCUCUUAUAAUUGCAAUGUCUACCAUCUUCAUAAUGGCUAUUGCCAUUGUCCUCAUCAUCAUGUUUUACAUUGUGAAAACAAAACCUUCUGCUCAAGCCUGUUGUAAGAGCCACUCAGUAAAAAAUGUCGAAGCUCAGGCUAACACACAGGAAGAGAAGAAAGAAGUGCAAGAUAAUGUUGUGAUAUUCUCUGAGAAAGAAGAGUUUGAAAAACUUACAGCAACUCCAGCUAAGGCUGUUAAAAGUGAAAACGAUGCAUCUUCUGAGAAUGAACGACUUUUAAGCCGCAGUAUGGAUAGUGAUGAAGAAGCUGCAGUUGACAAGCAAGGGACUCCAGAGAGAUGCUUGUUAUCUUUAGUACAUUUGGCCAGAGAUAAAUCUUCUACAAGCAAUAAAUCAACCGGGAUUCAAAGUCGAAGGAAAAAGAUACUUGAUGUGUAUGCUAACGUAUGCGACGUUGCAGAAGGCCUGAGCCCUACGGAGCUGCCAUUUGAUUGCCUGGAGAAGACCAGCCGAAUGCUCAGCUCGACCUACAACACAGAAAAAGCCAUAGUGAAAACGUGGCGCCACCUUGCCGAGAGCUUUGGACUGAAGAGAGACGAGAUAGGUGGCAUGACAGAUGGCAUGCAGCUCUUCGAUCGCAUCAGCACGGCAGGCUACAGCAUCCCAGAACUGCUCACCAAACUGGUGCAAAUCGAGCGGCUGGAUGCUGUCGAGUCCUUGUGCGCGGAUAUUCUGGAGUGGGCACAAGCAAUGCCUGCUCCUGAGCCGGCAGGGACAUCCUGACACGCCUGCCGGGGACCCACGCUUCCACGUCACCUGCAAGAACCAUGACUCCAGCAAGCACCGCCUCAAAGACUCUGGACAAAAGACCAUUGACAGUUCUUUUACAAAAUUGCUCCUGAUGAUAACCAACUGGAAGCUAUUCUCUUUGACUUCUGAAAAAAGUGAAGUUACAUAUCGACCAAAACAAGGGCAGAAAUCUGCCAAGAAGCUUGGUGUGAGACGUGUCCUUAAACAAAAGGAACAUGUUUAACAGCUAUUGAUAAUAAGUGGAUACACAAACAUCCAUUUUUCAGUCUGUGUAUGAGUAUAUGUGCACAUAACCCUGCUGACACCCUUCCUGCCUGGCCUUCAAGGAAAGCCAUUGAAUUGCUCUCCGAAAAUAUUCCUGUUUCUUAGGGCUUGGUUCACAGGUUUCAUAGUUACAGUCAAAAAAAAAAAAGCAGUACCACAGCUACAGAAUCAAUCAAUACACAAGGCACGCACAUUUCCGUCGACAUUAACACAUUUAGUAUGUAACCAGUUUAAUUGUCUAUACUUACUAUGGGUUUGUUGAAUCUAGAAGUGCAUAGGUGUAUAUACAUAGUCCUCACAUUAACUGACUAUACUACAUGAAAAAAGAGUCAACAUAAUUUACAGAUUGAAGUGCUUUGAAACACUGUACAUAACUCACAUAAAUGCACUCUUGCUCCAUACAGAGGAAUUUCAAACAACAGUGGCGCACAUUUGACACUAAAAGCAAAAAGAGUAGAUUCCUUUAGAGACACUUGAAAUGCAGAGAAAAAAGUGCUUUUUAAAUGCUGUACUCUUGUAAAGGUAGACCACGAGCACAUAAUCCACAGGUGAAACCCAACUCCUCUGUAAGGUAAAGUCUUAGUGUGAGUUUGUGUACAGCAAAAAUUGACCUUAUUUUUUUCCUGUUAACUAAUCUCUGAUUUUCAUGGUUAAAGGUUCUCUAAAACUUGUUCAGACCACAAAUCAGUAGUUGUUACCAAACCUAUUUGCUUAAUUUAUAGCUAAAAUGAGUGAUGACAGAUUUCAACAAGUGCAAUCACUAAAUUGAGAUGUCAGUUACAAAACAAUACUUUUAAUUCCAAAAUGCGUGACUGAACAAAAUGCUAUAAAAAAUAUUAACUAUUACCCUGAAGUUAAAAACCAAUAUUCCGUCACGUAGUAACUAGAUCUUAUCUAUGAUAGUAUCAUAAUUUGCAGAACAUUUAGUAUCACCCUUUAAUAUCUAUAUUUAGUAUCUAUUCAGCACUUGAUUUGUGUAGCAGAGGAAGUACAUACUGCAACAUAAAACCUAUCCUUCUCAUCAUUCUUCUUCCACCAUUUCUUUUGUAUCAUAACACACUCUUCAUUAAUUUGCAUAUGCCAAAUUUGAUGACAAUUUUGAGUUUUCUUUUAAUGAAGCAGCAAGAUGCAUUUAUUUGAACAUUUAACUAGCUAAUUGAUGUUAAAUUUAGGGGUGAAAUUCUUGCUGUCUUGAAAUCAAUGACAAAUUCAUAUGGAUUUCAACAGGCUUCGAUAAGAUUUCUAGAUCUGCUGACAACUCAGCAACCUUCAACAAGAUUUUCAAGACCCUGAAUUUGCAGUUUAGUACUAUUGCUACUAGAA